AGCCGGCGGCUCAGUCGCGCCGCGCCACACAGCCGUCUCGCACGCCGCAUCUACGCGUGCCUUCUCAAGGCGCACGCGCACGCGAUAACGACCCCCGCCGCUCCUCCUCUCACCGACACGUGCUCCAAGUGCUCAUGUUAUAACAGAAGAACAUCUCAACAUGCAAGAACAAAGUUCGUCGCGAGCAAGUAAAUCGACCCUCAACUCCUUGGAGAGUGCUAUCAUCAAACUGAAGAACAAUCUGCAAAUACAAGACACCAAAACUACGGACAUGAACAGUAUACUAGCAGCUGACCCACCGUCCCCGCAUACGGAUGCAAAGUCGAAUGCAAGUAAGAGCUCUAGUUCAUCUACAUCUACUAACUUCAAUUUAUCAAUAGCCUCCGCUGCGUUGUUACAAGAAAACAUGUUGCAACGAUCGCUGCAAGGCGUAGUUAUUUCGUUGCAAAAUGCAAUGAUGAAUUCCCUACAACAAGCUGCUUUGUUGCCAUCGAAUUCCGCUGCCGCUGCAGCGCUAAACUUGCAAGCAUUGGAAUCUUAUUUGACUUUACAACGUCUUACAUCAGUAAACACUUCGAGCCCACCGGCAACAUCCGAUAAUAACUCGUCAAAACAAGAUAUACUGAGAAUAGCUACGGCAAGUGCGAAAAUAAGUGAAAUCGAUGCAACAGAAAGCACUAAAGAACUUUCUCCUAAGACUCCCGAAGAAUAUCCAUUAUCAGAUGCAAUAGAAGAUGUCGACCUGUCAGAAGAAGUGGAGGAAGACUUAGCUUUACUUGAUAAUGAAGAUGAAUUUACAUUAGAACAACAUUUGGAGUCAACAUCAAAAAGUUACGGUUAUAAUUCACCAAAUUUAGAUAAUGGAUAUCCGAGUCUGCUAAUGAAUGCAAUGUAUCAACAACAAAUGAAUGGGAACUCACCGCAAGCACCCUUGUCGCCUCAAGCGUCCAAUUCAUCAAAAUCGACUAAUAGCUCUACAUCAUCCACUGGAAGUAGUAUAUCAAAUAAGCAGAAAACCGCUGGAAGUGGUCCUAGAACAAAAAAACAGUUUAUAUGCAAAUUUUGUAAUCGGCAAUUCACAAAAUCCUACAAUUUGCUGAUACAUGAAAGGACACAUACAGAUGAAAGGCCGUAUUCGUGUGACAUUUGCGGGAAAGCGUUCCGACGGCAAGAUCACCUGAGAGACCACAGAUACAUCCAUUCUAAGGAGAAGCCAUUCAAGUGUAUGGAAUGCGGCAAAGGUUUCUGUCAAUCAAGAACAUUAGCUGUCCACAAAAUCCUCCACAUGGAAGAGUCCCCACACAAGUGUCCCGUUUGCAGUAGAAGUUUCAACCAAAGGUCAAACCUGAAGACCCACCUUUUAACUCACACCGAUAUAAAGCCAUAUAACUGCUCUUCCUGUGGGAAAGUUUUUAGGAGAAACUGUGACUUGAGACGCCAUAGUUUAACGCAUAACCUUGUUGGCAUAGCGUCAGUAAACACUUCUCCUAGCGGAAGCAAUGGGAAGAGCCCCUUACUGAAUCCUAACUUUCCUAUUGAUAAUUUAGAUACGGAAGAUGAGAACUAGCUGAAUGAAGAGUUGUGUGAAAUAGUGUACAGUGUUUUAAAAGACUGAUUACAUUCUUACAAUGAUGCCUUAUAGAUGUAAGAUGAAACUAGUUAAAAUAAUAUGGUUUAUAUGGUCAAAGACUUGAUAUAUUUUUUAUUAUCUACUUCUAGUUGUCAAAAAAAAUUUGAAUCUAAAACAAAAGGAAAGUUAUCUUUUUAGCAAAAUCUACCUUAUUUGAAUUUGGAUGGUAUUUUUUUGAAAGAGUUACUUUGUUAAUGAGUAGGAUGUUCAAAUUGCACUGUAAUUAUUCUCGAAUAAUAAAUUGAGAUGUGACUAUGAUAGAUUUUAUUCUAAGUAUAUCAUUUCUCAGUAACAUAUACCUAUUCGUGCAUGAAAUGUAAACAAUAUUAAUGAAAAUAUUUCAGCGAUUUUGAUAACGACAAAAGGUCAUGACUUUUCACUUUUUAAAAAUGUUGUGUCGUGACAUAUUCUAGUUAAGAUGUUUAGUUUAAUUUCCUUCUGAAUCUUGUAAAUUAUCUGAUCUCAUUUUUACAUGUAAAUAAAAACUAUGUUAUAGUCAAUAUUUCCCAGCCGUCCAAUAUUUUUAAGAUUGAUUGAUUGAGUGAUUGAUUGAUUGAUAGAUUGUAUAAAUAUGUAUUUUCGUAAUACUUAUUUUGUUGUAUGUAUAUAAGUCUUCCCCUGUCCUUAGAUGACCGUGUUUUUUAUAACUUGUUUGUCAAUGUUUAUAUAAAUCCUAUUAAGAAAUUAUUGAGUAUUACAAUAAAUAUGAUGAAAUCUUUA